GUGUCACUUCGACUGAUACGCAGAGCCACAACCAGUCUUGCAAGAUGCGCACCUUAUCUUUCACGAUUUUGUGCCUUUCUUUGGCCGUCUGCAGUAUGGCAGAGGAUUUAAUUCUGGGUGAACCUCAGGAUGGUGACUACCUUAUUACCAACAGAACGAUUUUCAAGCCUUCGAUUCCAUGGGUACCCAUGAAAGCCGUAAUUGGCGUGUCAACCAGCUCAGAGGAAGAAAUUCUCACUGAAAUCAGAAUCACUAAUGAAGGAAGCAACGAGGCCAAAUUCACUGUGAUAAAAGGUGCUCCCGGUACAACAAAAGUGCUAGUGCUAGCUCUUGGAGAACGUGGGGAAGGAUUAGACUUACGCGUCGUAGCCUACGCAAUAAAUACUACAGCAACAACAACACCAGCUCCAACCACCCUCCCACCAACAACAUCAGCUCCAACCACGACCGACCCACCAACAACAUUAGCUCCAACCACGACCAACCCACCAACACCUCCAAUCACGACAAUUCCACCAACAACACCAGCUCCAACAACGACUGUCGCACCAACAACCCCAGCUCCAACCACCGUCCCACCAACAACAUCAACUCCAACCACGACCAACCCACCAACACCUCCAAUCACGACAAUUCCACCAACAACACCAGCUCCAACCACGAUCGUCCCAACAACAGCACCACCACCCAUCGAAACGACCUGGUCGUGGGAUCCAUCCACGACCGUCCCAACAACACCACCACCCAUCGAAACGACCUGGUGGGAUCCACCCAUGACCACUGAAAUCCCAUGUGAUGAUGAAGAUGGCAAUGACGACGAUGGAAAUGACAAUGAGGGUGGAGAUGGCAAUGAUGGCGGAAAUGAAAACGACGGUGAUAACUCUGGCAAUAACGAUACAGGAGAAGUUUGAUUAGGAUAAUUAAUAUAUAAUAAAUUUAAAACAAAGACUGCUAGAAACAAUUUUAUCAAUUUUAAUUUUAUAAUAUUAGGCCUGACUAUGUAAAAAUUGUUACAUGUACAUAUUUUAAAUAAAGACAGAUUGCAUUUUACAUUA